AGGCAUACGGAAACAACUCGCUAAACUCGUUUGGAUAAAUCACGAGUUAGUUUACCGUUUGAUACUUCAUCACGUAAACUCAAUCUGCGUGACUUUGCAGCUAUUGGUUAACCUGGAAAUCAUCUUGUUGUCAUGGCGAUAAUACUUUGUAGUGUUUUUAUACUGGUUGCAGCUUCUAUUCACAACUGUGAUGGGGUCCUGCGCUUCGCCUCCUACUAUCAAGACCACAUGGUGCUGCAGAAGUCUCCAGAGAGAGCUGUAGUUUGGGGCUAUGGAUCCGAGGGGGCACAGGUGAAAUUCACCUUGUCAGGACAACACCAACAGAAAAUCUCACAGGCUACAGUGACAAACGGUACCUGGCGGGUCACUCUAGACCCUGUUGAAGCUGGAGGUCCCUACAAUGUGACGGCAGCCGUGCAGAACAUCACAGCUGUUCUGACAGACGUGCUGUUUGGAGACAUUUGGCUGUGUGGAGGACAGAGCAACAUGUUGUUUGAAGUAUUUAAGGUCUUCAAUGCAUCAAAAGAGCUGAAGCGUGCAGCAUAUUAUCCUCAUGUGAGGACUUUUAUGGCAACCCUGGCCCAGAACAAAACUGAGCAAACUGAUUUGAUUGACGUCCAAAUUCCCUGGUCUGUGCCGCCAUUAUAUCUGUCCGGUUUCUCUGCAGUGUGCUGGCUCUUUGGGCGUGAUUUGUAUGAUAAGCUGCAGUACCCCAUAGGACUGGUGGAGUCCUGUUGGGGGGGCACACCUAUCGAACCCUGGUGUUCUCCAAGAGCACUACAGCACUGUGGACUACUACAGCAGCCUUUUGCCGGUCCCAAAGUAAAUUCAGUGUUGUGGAAUGCAAUGAUCCACCCACUGCUGAACAUGACCAUCAAAGGAGCCAUCUGGUACCAAGGUGAGGCUAACACCAUUUAUCAUCAAGAGAAGUACAACUGUUCCUUCCCUGCUAUGAUUGAUGACUGGAGGAUGGCGUUUCAUCAGGGCUCAGGAGGGCAGACUGCUCUCGAUUUCCCUUUUGGAUUUGUCCAGCUGAGUACCUGGGAAAAAAAUUCCAAAAGUGACGCCUAUCCGAAUAUCCGCUGGCACCAGACAGCAGAUACCGGCUUUGUCCCAAAUGCCCGAAUGCAGAAAACUUUCAUGGCUGUGGCUAUGGAUUUGCCAGAUGAAAAAUCUCCCUUUGGCUCGAUCCAUCCCAGAGACAAGCAGGACGUGGCCUUCAGACUGUCAUUGGGAGCAAGGGCAGUGGCGUAUGGUGAGCAGGACGUGGCCUUUCGUGGACCUUUCCCCAGCCAAAUCCUGUCCACUCCAAAGUAUCUCGAGAUUACCUACGACCAGAAAGUCUCUGUCACUCCGUCUGAAAACAUAUUUGAGAUCUGCUGCUCAGAAAGUGAGUCUCCAUGGGAUCCUAAGGCUCAUUGGGUUCCAGCUCCCAUCAUGGAGUGGGGUCCGACCACUGUCCAGUUAUCUACCAGCUUGUGUUCUCCCACUGAACAAGUAUCUGCUCUGCGGUAUGCAUGGAGAGACUGGCCCUGUGACUUUAAAGCCUGUCCAAUCUACAGCGCCAGUAAGAUUUUACCUGCUCCUCCUUUUACCAGCCAAAGUAAUCAAUGAACUGUAAGAAGAUCAAAUAAUGAACAGUCUGCCUUUGUUCAAGUCAACAUAAGCUGAUCUCUCAAUGAAGUGGAAUUAGGCAAAUGAAUGACUUUAAACAGGAUGAUUGAGACUGUGAAAGUAAGAAGCUGAAAACAAUAUGACACGAUAGUGGAUUGUUACUGAGAAAAGCUCAACUUGUCUUAUAUUCUUAGUUUUUUUUACAGAUAUCAAGGAUUAUUUUAGAGGGAAGGAGGUUUUUUUUAAUGGUUUAUGACUAGACAAUUACUUUUAGUAUUCAAUAAGUUAAUUGAUUAGUCUUAGAGGGGGAGUGACCGAUCCAACACAUUACUAAGUGAAAAAUACUGUCUUCAAUUGAUGGCAUCUGGAUUCAAAGCUCAUCCUCAUUUAUUGUACAAGUGUGGUCAGUUUUUCUGAAAGAGUCCAAACUAUAAUGCGUCAUCUCAUCAAAAGAGAAUAAUGGAGAAUAAUGCAACAAGAUUAUUGCUGUUAUAUCACGUCUUGGUUGGAAAGCUUGGCAGUUGUACCUGUCAGCCUGCUGGGAAAUAUGUUUACUUUAUUUUAAAGAUGUUUUUGAAUCAGUCCGUCUCAAAUUUAAAUACUGAAUGUUAAGUACAAAAAUAAAUUGCUGGAUGUAUGUAGAAAAACAUGACAAAGGUUUUAUUUGAACAAAACUCUGAAGUGUACAACACAAAUCAGUCGUUAUGACUAAAUGUUUGAACAAAUAAAUGUUAAAUAAACAACUAA